UUAAACACCACCAAGGAAGAAACUAUGUUGUGGAGUCGACAUUUGUGACCUAACAAGUGCUGCUGCUGUUUGUUUUAAUGUGUGGCUAAAAUAACAUGGCCGAGUCUUCAUCAGAUUUCACAGAAUACACCGCGGAAACCAAACCGCAGGCAGUGUUAGGAGCAGAAUACACUCCGACAGAGGAGGAGAGGAAAGUGUUCAAACAGUGCGAUGAAGAGAGCUUCUGGUACAGAUCGGUGCCGUUCUCCCUCAGUGGUAUGGCCCUCACUCACAUGCUCGUUACCAAAGGGAAGCUGACGGCAUCUGCACGGUUCGGAUCUCUUCCUAAAGUGCUGUUUGCUGGCAUGUGUGGCUACUUCGCUGGAAAGCUGUCCUACAUGAAGGCGUGUCAGCAGAAAUUCUACAAGUUAGAAAAUUCACCAAUCGCAGAAACUCUUCGACAGAGACACCGACAUCAUCAGCGUCCACCGCAGUUUGCUGGUCCUCAGUCGGAGCUCAGUGAGGAUGAGAAACCUCAGUUUGAAGCGUUUCAGUCAGAGAGUGCGUUUCAGUCAGAGAGUGUGUCCCAGUCGCCGCUGUAUUCCCCUCCUGACUUCAGCUACAGUGACACCACACACUCGGCUCCACACCACGACCUUCACACGCACGCGCUGCGUGAGGAGGAUGAGGAGCAGGAAGUGAAGAGGAAGCCCAUCCUUUACGAGGAGCUGCGCAACAAGAACAGGGAGAACUAUGACAUCACCCGGAACCAGAAGAUGGACCGAGACACGCCCAAGAAGGAGGUGAAGAAGAACAAAUACGGUGAUGCAUGGGAGGAAUGAGGAGUCGAGCAGCACCUCAAUGCCAGGAGAGCGCUCUGCUGUGCUGCGUGUCCGUAAUGGAGCCUGAACCUGUGAACACCUGUUGUUCCUGGAUUAAUAAUAAAAACUCCAAAAUGGAAAAAAAAAAA